AUGAAUGCGCAGACUCCGCCCGCACCGGCCGCCGCCACCUGGGCCUCAUUGCCUCGCAAGUCCCAACUGUUCAUCCUGUUCCUCUGCCGCGCCGUCGACUUUCUGCAGGUCGCCUCCCUGCAAGCCUACAUCUUCUUCCAGCUCAAGUCCUUUGAUGCCGGGCUCUCAGACGCGGCGGCCUCGGCGCAGGCGGGCGUCCUGCAGGGCUGCUUCUCCGGCGCGCAAGUCGUGACGGCUGUGCUGUGGGGAAAGGCCUCCGAUGCCCCAUGGGCUGGCCGCAAGGUUGUCAUCAUGACAGGCCUCAUGGGGACGGCGCUCUCGUGCGUCGGGUAUGCCUUUGUGAAGACCUUUGCUUGGGCCAUUUUCUGGAGGAUCGUCGGCGGGGGCAUCAAUGGCACCGUUGGCGCCGUACGAACCAUGGUGGCUGAGAACGUUUCAGAGAAACGGUUCCAGUCGAGAGCAUUCUUGUUGCUGCCGCUGAGUUUCAACGUCGCCAACGUCAUCGGCCCACCCAUGGGAGGACUCCUCGCCGAUGCGCCGACUACCUUGCCGCGCUUCUUCGGCCGAGAUGCCAUCUUCGGCUUCCGAUGGAUCCAGGCAUACCCCUAUGCUCUGCCCAGUCUAUUGAAUGCCGUCUUCCUGACCCUCGUCUCAGGGCUCCUCUUCUUCUGUCUGGAGGAGACGUCUCCUGAGAGGAAAGACCGGUAUGACCUGGGCCUGGCCAUCGCCGCCCGCAUCAGAGGUAGACUGUCCGGCGCUCCGUCGUCUUUGGGGUACUCGCGGGUAGAGACCUCCGACCUUGGUCUGGGAGAAGAAGACAGCAUCGUCCUUGACACCGCCGAGGUACCAGCUACCAACCAACCAACCCGCCAGUCCCGCCAGAAGACGAGGCAGAAGCUACCCUUCCACCGUAUCUGGACCCGCAAUGUCAUCCUCAUCCUGCUGACGACAGCCCUCUUCGAGUUCCAGCUCGGCGCUUUCGCAAACCUCUGGCCCCUCUUCCUCUCGACGCCGCGCCCCGCCUCCGGAUCAGCCCCACUCGGCGGCGGCCUGGCCUUCUCCGCACCCAAGGUCGGCCUCGGCAUGUCUCUCCUUGGCCUUCUCGGCCUGCCCCUGCAGCUCGCUCUGUACCCAUCCUUGCAGGCCCGCCUCGGCACGCUGCGCUCCUACCGCUACUUUCUGCCGCUCUUCUCUGUCGCCUACCUCCUGGCGCCCAUGCUCGCCGUCCUGCCCCCCGCCGCAAUGGGGGGCCUCGUCAUGUGGGUCGGCAUCGCCCUCGUUGCCGCGUGUCAGGUCCUCGCCAGGACGUUCACCAUGCCGGCUGGCAUCAUGCUGCUAAACAACGGCAGUCCACAUCCCAGCGUGCUCGGAACUAUCCACGGGCUCGGGCAGAGCGUUGCUGCAGGGUUCCGGACCGUCGGGCCCGUGGCUUCGGGGUGGCUAUACGGCAUGGGGCUGAAUGCCGGAAACGUCAUCAUAGGCUGGUGGGGGGUCGCUGGCGUGGCUGUCUUAUGUUCCGUCUCGGCGUUGUGGGUGUACGAGGGGACCGGGCACGAGAUAGUCCUGGAGGGUGAGGAGGAGUAG